UUAUAAUCUUAAAGAGAUAUGCACUUCAGUGCAGACACCGGCUGUAAAAGGACGUACGACUCAGAGCUCUCUCUACACACAAAUACACAGAAAGUCAUCAUGACUUCCAAAAUGGUCAUCAGCCAGCCUCAGCCUGUGAUGGACGCCCGGGACUCUGAUGAGUGGGGAUCAGGGAUCUGUGACUGCGUUCAAAAUGUGCCUGAGUGUUGUUGUGCUUUCUGGUGCUGUCCCUGCUUCGCCUGCAAAACAACCAAGAAAUAUGGGCAGUGUCUCUGUCUCCCCCUGUUGGACAUGUUUGGUUUUGUCCCUCCCGUCACCAUGUCCAUGAGGGUCUCCAUGAGGCAGCGCUACGGCAUCAAAGACACCAUGUGUAGGGACUGUCUGUUUGCCACCUUCUGUACACCCUGCAGCUGGUGUCAGAUGUCCAGAGAGAUGAGGAGGAGAAACCUCCAAGUCGUCCUAGUCAGUGCCAAGAACACAUGAGUUCUUUCCUGUCUCCUGACCACCACCAAGGCUGUAACAUGUUCCAUUAACACACAGCCUGCUGCGGCUUUUCUAACACAUCUAAACAUUAUAAAUACACUGUACACUGAAGCCUAUGUGAAAGAGACGAGCCUACAUUGAAAGAAAAUAAACGUUGAAUUUAAUUUAAUGUGUUUUGUCAACAGAUUUUGCAUCACUGCAUCAUGUUAGUUUGAAGCAAUAAUAUUACGUUAACUUAAAGAACAUUAGGUUCAACUGAAUAUUAUUGCUUUCAACCAACCUAAUACAGUCCUGUCAAUGACUGAAAAGCAAUAUGUGUUCCUGAAAAACGAAUUUAAUAAAAUUAGCUAAGAUGAUUGAUAACUCCGACAGCAUAAUACGAGCUCUGGCAGCAGGGAAUGUAGAAAUAAGUUAUUUUUGAAAUGUAUUACACCCCAAUUGUUUUAUAAGUUUUAUUUUUUCUGCCUGAGACGAAAACGCUUACUUUUACUGAAUUGUUUUUAUCUGAUCUUGGUUAAAGGGAAUUGUCCGCUGACUUUAAGGCAACUGUUCUUGAAGAGCCUUUAUGAAUGACAUUUUGUUGUACUUUGUUCAAGUUUUGUUUUUAAGCAAAAUCCAAGCAUGGGUUUAUCAUCAUGAGAGUCGUUUUGUAAACUAGUAUUGUUUUCACAUACUAAUAUUAUAUCUGACAAAGUUACAAUGUAUUAAACAGACUUCAAGCAAUUUAAAUGAUGUAUUUCUAUUAUAUUUGUAUAUAGAAAAUCAGGUUACAGCCAUUCAUUUUAAAUUACAGUAAGCAGGUUUUACUUUGUUUCAUGUUGAGCAAGCAUACUUUAAUAAUAGUUCAGCUAUUAUCAAUAAAAUCAAAUGAAUACCA